UUACCUGACUAAUAAAGUAAUCAAAACAAUUGCAUUCUACAUUUCCUUUUGAGCGAAAGAUGUACAACUUAAAAAUCUGCAACAAUUAUGUACUCAUCAUCAUAACAAAGACAGAUAUUGGUAUUGAGAUGCCAAUUUUUAUUAAAUAAAACAGAAACAAAACAAAGUAGGGCAAACAAACAAGGGCAAUACAAUGCGUACUCAAGCAAAACCAAUAUGAUACACAAUGUAAGAGUCACAUGUUUUGCCACACUGCUGAGAAACAGAGUCUGCAUUGCCGGGUGGCACCAUGCCAAACAAAUAUUCUAAGGAGUGUUUCCAGCACCUCGUUCAAUUCACGCCUUAAAUACCCGACAGUGUAGUGAGGUUCUGCCCCGUCUUAGUCUAGUUUUCAAAAUAAGAACUGAAAUACUGUUAUGUAUGUUUUUUUCAAGGAUUAAUUAAAUACCAUAUUUGUCUGAACAAGCUUUGCAGCCAGAGGGGGAGUUUAUUAGAGACUUGCUCAUGUAGUCCUGUCAGACAUUGUUAUUUGUUAGACAUAUUUUAGUUGGGUCUAUUAUAUCUGUACAGAUAAUAUCGGACUAAUUUACAGUCUAGAAGACUGGCCAGUGAUUAAUUAUUGAUAAAGUCUAAAUCCAUUCCAGUGAUUACAUAACACCACAUGAAACUCAUACCAAAUAGCUAGUUGACACAUCAGGCCCUUAUUGCAAGUAGAGUUAUAAUUUCCUGCAUGUGUGUCUUAUGUAUUUGGUAAUGACAAGGAUACAUAGAAAGUAUAUCAUCUCCUAAAUAUAGAUCGAAAGUCUUAUUUGUUUGUUUGUAUUUACUGCUUGGAAAAUGUAUCUUGCCAUGCAGGUAUAAGGAUAUUAUCGGCUCCAUCAUCUACUUGUGCAUGUGGAUGGGUGUAGAAGUUAGGGCAUAAUAGCUACCCAUGAUAUUAGUGUGUACUGCUCUGAUAAAGCCACUGUGGUACCACACAAAGGUUGUAUCAAAGAUCAACCGGCAAUCUUCGUCCAUGCAAUUCAAUUAGACUCAAUGAAAUGAAAGCUGAUUUGUUCAGGCAUACUACCAGGCAUGUUGUAUCUUGUUAUGACCAAGAUUCAGUCUUAAUAGUAAUGUUGCUUAAUUCUUUCUAUUUAUAGUCAUCAUCACAGAUCAGCAUUGGGGUUUUUACAUGUAAUAUAGUGAAAAUACUAACACUGUAACUUGCAUAUGAAUGUUUGGGUAUGUAAUAUUUGCUAAACAAUGUUUGAUUAUAAAAUGUUGUUGCCUAGACAACCUUUUAAACUUAUACAUAUACCAUUGUCUCUUUCUCAGAAGAGGUUGGUUACAAGCUACAAACAAUGAGUUGUUAAUCAUAAUUGGGUGGGGUGAACUUAAAAACCAGUUUAAUUGCAAUGUGAUUGUGAAACAAUUCCUGUUCAGAUGUUUCAAUGUGCAAAAGAAUGUCCUCAGUGAACUCACGUUUACCGCACACGUGGUAUUUUGUAUUUCUUAUUUGUAGACAGGCAGAACCGUCAAAACUAAACAGUCAAGUAAACUGUACUUAUAUUACCAGGAAAAUAUCAAAAUAUGAUUUGCUUGGAUUUGUUGUCAUCCUGCUGAUUAAAAUGCAACUGGUGAACUCACAAGUGCUCCCUGAAAUUUCAGACAUUGUUGAGUUUAGCUACCCAGAGGAACAAGUGCCUCUCUUAAGGAAAACACGAGAAGUGAACACAGGCAAAGUAGAAUACAUCGUAAUUGUAGAGGUGAAUGCAUCAGAAGUGAUUUUGUUUGACCAAGUCAAAGCAUCAGCGGAUUCCAUCACUCCUUUACAAAUAGACAACAUCACAAACAUCAGUGGUUUGGACAUUAGAGCAGUGUGCCAGCCAAAUAACACUCAAUACCAGUGCACGUGUGUGGAUCAGUAUGUUUGGUCAUACAAUAAUUGUAUUACCUAUAACAACUGUGAUAACCUAAAUGAUGGAACAUGUACUUGUAUCAGUGCCAUUCCCAGUGAUGGACAGGUCUGUCUGCCAAAAACUGGCUACACAACGACUCCUGCAACAACAGCCAACACAACAAUUCCUGUAACAACAGCCAUCACAACAACUCCUGCAACAACAGCCAACACAACAAUUCCUGUAACAACAGCCAUCACAACAACUCCUGCAACAACAGCCAACACAACGACUCCUGCAACAACAGCCAUCACAACAACUCCUGCAACAACAGCCAACACAACAAUUCCUGUAACAACAGCCAUCACAACGACUCCUGCAACAACAGCCAUCACAACAACUCCUGCAACAACAGCCAACACAACAAUUCCUGUAACAACAGCCAACACAACAAUUCCUGUAACAACAGCCAUCACAACAACUCCUGCAACAACAGCCAACACAACGACUCCUGCAACAACAGCCAACACAACAAUUCCUGUAACAACAGCCAUCACAACAACUCCUGCAACAACAGCCAACACAACUCCUGCAACAACAGCCAACACAACAACUCCUGCAACAACAGCCAACACAACAAUUCCUGUAACAACAGCCAUCACAACAACUCCUGCAACAACAGCCAUCACAACAACUCCUGCAACAACAGCCAACACAACAAUUCCUGUAACAACAGCCAACACAACAACUCCUGUAACAACAGCCAACACAACAAUUCCUGUAACAACAGCCAUCACAACAACUCCUGUAACAACAGCCAACACAACAAUUCCUGUAACAACAGCCAACACAACAACUCCUGUAACAACAGCCAUCACAACAACUCCUGCAACAACAGCCAACACAACAAUUCCUGUAACAACAGCCAACACAACAACUCCUGUAACAACAGCCAUCACAACAACUCCUGUAACAACAGCCAACACAACAAUUCCUGUAACAACAGCCAACACAACAAUUCCUGUAACAACAGCCAUCACAACAACUCCUGCAACAACAGCCAACACAACAACUCCUGUAACAACAGCCAACACAACGACUCCUGCAACAACAGCCAACACAACAAUUCCUGUAACAACAGCCAUCACAACAACUCCUGUAACAACAGCCAACACAACAACUCCUGUAACAACAGCCAACACAACAACUCCUGUAACAACAGCCAACACAACAAUUCCUGUAACAACAGCCAUCACAACAACUCCUGCAACAACAGCCAUCACAACAACUCCUGCAACAACAGCCAACACAACAACUCCUGUAACAACAGCCAACACAACAAUUCCUGUAACAACAGCCAUCACAACUCCUGGAACAAAAGCCAAUACAACAAUUCCUGCAACAAAAGCCAAUACAACAACUCCUGGAACAAAAGCCAAUACAACAACUCCUGGAACAAAAGCCAAUACAACAACUCCUGGAACAAAAGCCAAUACAACAACUCCUGCAACAAAAGCCAACACAACUACACCCCCCACAACUACAACCACCACAACUACCACAGCAGCUAUUACAACCCCAGCCCAAAACAACAAGGUACUACGCCUCUCACUGAAACUAAAUCAAAGUUUUGACUUUGAACUCCUCAGUAAAAGUAGUACAACAUAUAAAUCAUAUGAAACAAAAAUUAAGAAUUCAAUUGAAAAAAGUUACAAAAAUGUACCUGGCUAUCAGCUCAACUCUGCAACAGUGACUGGUUUCAGACCUGGCAGUGUGUUUGCAGACUUCAGUAUUAAUACAACAAGUACCAACAUUGAUUUGGCUUCAGCAAGCCAACAGCUUGCUACCAAUCUCCGUAAUAACGGAUUCAGUGUUAGUGAUGAUUUACUCAGGCAAAAUGUGGAAGGAAAACUAACUAACAUCCAGGGCAACAUAUAUCCUGAUUCAGAUCUCAAAUUGACAUGUAAUCUUACAGAGAAUAAUGGAAUAAAAUGGACCCUGAAUGAGAUUCAAUUACAGCAGUCAGAACAGUAUGUAAUUAAUAAUACUGAACUCACUGUAAAGAAUGCUGGUCCCAGUAACAGUGGUCAAUAUUCAUGCAUUGCAACAGUGAACUCUCUGCCCUACACAAUCUGGCAGAUGAUUACAAUUCAGCCAUACCCUAAUAUCCAAGUGACCAGUGACAAAACUUUAGAAUGUCAGGAUACUACAAUCUCACUUCAGUGUUGUGUUCAGGGUGUAUAUCAAGUGAAAUGGACUGACCCCAAAAUCUGCAACUCACUUUCGAAAGGAGGCUGCAUAUCAUGUGACUAUAAAAUUAACAAAGAGGAAUGCCAGGCUACUGAGCAAACAAAAACGGUCUCAUGUCAACUAACACAACCUAUCAGCGAAAGCAGUUACAACUCAAAGACCAUCAAAAUAAAUGUAACAAACCAAAACUUUGACUGUUCUGACAAUGUAUUUGGAGCUGGAAUAUUGGGAGCAACACAAACCUCUAACUGUCCUGGAGACAUGGUUGGCUAUCAAGUAGCUCAGUGUAGUUCAUCAAAACAGUGGAACAUUACAGAAGACAAGUGUGUCCUGCGCGCCAUUCAAAAUUUAAAAGAUGAAGCUGAGACUUUACAGGUAGCAGGCAUCCCACAGUUUAUGGCCAGCCUCAGCAGUAAUGCUACAUCACAGACUCAAAACUUAAUUGACUCUGCAGCAACCAUAACAACAAUAGUAGACAUACUAACAAUCGUUUCAGAUCUCUCACAAACAACUUUCGUCAGUCAAACUAUUAUGACGGAUUUCCUAAAAACAGCUGAGGUCAUUGGAACAGAUGGUUCAUCACACACUUGGGAGAGUUUAAACAAAAAUGAUACAACCAGUAAUGCCAGUAAUAUACUUCUGAAUGCGACAGAGAGCAUCGCACGCAGACUCCUGGAUGACAACUUCUUGAUAACAACAAACUUCACUUAUCUAAAAAAAGAAUCAAUUACUGCCCCAUUUUCUGAAGACUUUGGAAAAAAUUUAACUACCCAUAUUAAUAUUCCAGUGACUAGUGCAAAGAUGUUCCUCACAGUCAUAAUAUCGUCAGCUUUUAACAACAUCUUACCUGUUCGAACUCUGACCAACAAUGACAGCAAUCAGACUGGAACCAAGAUCAAUGGAGAUGUAGUCCUGACUGAGACAACGUCAAAAAUUAACAACAUCUCCCUUUCUUUUAAAAUCAUGAAUACUACACUGGGAAACCCUCAGUGUGUCUUUUGGAACUUUAGUCUUCUGAAUGGUGUUGGUGGAUGGGACUCGACUGGAUGUCAGUUAAAGCUAUUAGGGAAUGAAAGUGAAAAAUAUACAUGUGAGUGCAAUCACACAACCUCUUUUUCUAUCUUGAUGUCACCAUUUACCCUGGAUAAAAACAAAGCCAUAAUUUUAGACUAUAUAACUUACAUUGGUGUUGGCAUUUCAAUGGGCAGCUUGGUUUUGUGCCUCAUCAUUGAAAUCAUCAUAUGGAAAUUAGUGACACGAAAUGACACAUCCUACAUGCGUCAUGUCUCCAUAGUCAACAUCGCUGUCUCCCUUCUGAUUGCGGACAUAUGCUUCAUCAUUGGAGCAGCUGUUGUUAAACAAGAGGGUCCCUGCAGUACAGCAACCUUCUUCAUGCACUUUUUUUAUCUUGCCCUUUUCUUCUGGAUGUUGCUGUCAGCACUCUUGCUCCUCUACCGCACCCUCAUGGUCUUUUCCAGAAUGACCAGAGGAGCAAUGAUGGGCAUAGGCUUCACUGUCGGCUAUGGAGCCCCGUUAAUCAUUGCUGUCAUUACAGUGGCAUCUACAGCUGGAAACAAAGGAUACAUUCAACAAGAUUACAACUGUUGGCUGAACUGGAGUAAAACGAAGGCCCUCCUGGCAUUUGUGAUUCCUGCUCUGACGAUUGUAGCUAUAAACUUCCUGGUGCUUAUUGUGGUUCUGUUUAAGAUGAUGAGAAGAGGAGUUAAUGCUUCUACUCAGCCAGAUGAGAAACAUUCCCUCGUGGUCAUUGCUAAAUGCGUGGCGAUUUUAACACCUCUCUUUGGUCUAACGUGGGGAUUUGGCAUUGGGACCCUGGUGUCAUCGAACUUUGGAAUUCAUGUGGUGUUCGCAUUCCUUAAUUCACUGCAGGGUUUCUUUAUUUUGCUGUUUGGACUAUUACUGGACAGUAAGGUCCGAGAAGCACUGGCAGGAAAGUUUUCACUGAGGAACUUAAGUUCUGGCCACACCAGGAGUACGAGUGCAGGACCUACGUCCUCAAGUGGAUUUCCUUUCAUGCAGAGGUUACGGCAAAGAUAUGUGUACAAUGUACAACAGAACAGCGGCAACACGGCUUCAGCUUCAAACAGCUCAUAUGCACCUAUCAACACUUAAGGCAGUAGACCCCAAUUAUAAGAGUAUGUUGAACUGCAAACAUUAUAAUGUACAUCUAGAUGCAAAAAAUAAUGACAAUUAAUAAAUAAACAUAAAAUAAUACAUAAUUCUAAAGCACGCUUUUUAACAUAAUUUCUCUUGAAGCUUAACACAGUUGAUUUCAGAACAAUACAUAAGGAAUGAAUUUUGAAAUGCUUAAAUAAAAUGAUCUUUAUGAUUGUUUAUUAUUUUAGGUUUUCUGAUUGUUUUUCCAUUUUAUCAAAUGAAGUAAUAAUUUAAUUAAAUAUUGCUGUAUUCCUAAAGCAAAAACAUUUCCUCAAAAAUAGCACUAUUAUCAAAACUCUUCUUAAUUAUCUUUAUUAUUUCAUAUGGCACCCAUACAAUGAUGAAAUGUUAUUCCCUGACCUCUAAAGUAUGGAUUGGAGAUUUGGAUUUUGUUAUGGUUUCUGUUUUGUAAAGAAUAAAUUUUUUUAACAAAUGAAUUAUAAUUUACAUUAUGUUGUCUCUGGUAUUUAAUCAAGUUAGUUUUGGGUCAGCUUGGUCUGAGCCCUCAAUUCAGACCUCUGAACUACUAAUUGAAUAAUCAUAACUGAAAAUUUCACAGUAAUGACAGACCAAAUCAUACAUGCUCCAAACCUAUGAAUUUGUUUAAAUAAUCUUUAUGAAAAUUCAAUUAUGCCACAGAUCCUGACUGAUAAGAAGGUGAUGGAUAAGAGUGUCUGCCAAAUGCCAGAAAUGUGAAUGUGAUGAUUUACUUUCUUUAACAGCGACUCGUUAUCGUAAAUCGUUAUGUUAUUUUUUGCACUAAUGAACAUUUUCAGCAACUUGUGUCAGAUCAGUGGUCUGACAGUGUAGCUAUAAAUGAUCUAAUACCUUUGGAAAUAUCUGUGUCAAUCUCUUAUGGUAUUUUGUUGAAAAUGUAAAGUAUAUAUUUGUAUAUGUAACUUUAUGACAACAGUCUGGGAAAGGCCCCCACAUGGGAGUUAUAAUCAAGUGUUCAUGUAAUUUGGAUAUAUAAUUUAAGAUUCUUAAAACCUGCUCAACAUUAAACUUAUAACAUAGAAUCAGGAAGCAGGAGAAUGCAGGAAACAAAUGCAGACUGAAACUGGUCUGGCAAGUAGGAAAACAUAGUAGGAUUAGUGGUCAAUUCUAAAACAUUUGUAUGGUCAGGUGACUGAAAUAAUAACCUGAAAAGGUAAGAGGUUUCAGGCAAACCUACUCAUGUUUAGUGAGAUCAAUGUGGGCUGUAUGGAGCCAUGGUAAGUGCUAAAAAUUUAAAUUUAUGAUAUAUUUAAUGGUGUGUUCUCUUUAUUCUACGUUUUUGUAGAACAAAGCAUGCAUCAAUAUUAAGCAUCUAAUCAAUAUUAAUAAUUAGUUUCCUUUAGCUUCCUCAACUUUGCUGAACUUUUAUUUAUUGCUAAUAUUCCUUGGCCUGAGUUAGCAGCAGCUUAACAGCUCAACAGUAAUUAUCAUGGAGGAAUGAUAAUAAACAAGAGCGAAUGAUCUCUGCAUUUAAAACCUAAAGAAAUAAACAAACAAGAUUAAAAAGACAAUUAAAUCUUGCAAGAGCAACUUACUAUAAUGUGACUUUUAU